UCUCGUUUCAAAUUUAAUCGAUUCCAGCACGCUGCGAUUUUUUUUUCAAGAUGCAAAUUUUCGUUAAAACACUCACUGGUAAGACCAUCACCCUCGAGGUGGAAAGUUCUGAUACCAUCGACAAUGUAAAGGCCAAGAUUCAAGACAAGGAAGGAAUCCCACCAGACCAACAGAGAUUGAUCUUUGCUGGUAAACAGCUGGAGGAUGGCCGUACUCUUGCCGACUAUAACAUCCAGAAGGAAUCCACACUCCACUUGGUCCUUCGUUUGAGAGGUGGAAUGCAAAUUUUUGUUAAGACCCUCACAGGAAAGACCAUCACAUUGGAGGUGGAGAGUUCAGAUACCAUUGACAAUGUCAAGGCUAAGAUUCAGGACAAGGAGGGUAUCCCCCCAGACCAGCAGAGGUUGAUCUUUGCUGGUAAGCAACUCGAGGAUGGCCGCACCUUGGCUGAUUACAACAUCCAAAAGGAAUCCACACUCCACUUGGUCCUUCGAUUGAGGGGUGGUAUGCAAAUAUUCGUCAAGACCCUCACGGGAAAGACCAUUACAUUGGAGGUGGAGAGUUCAGAUACCAUUGACAAUGUCAAGGCUAAGAUUCAGGACAAGGAGGGUAUCCCCCCAGACCAGCAGAGGUUGAUCUUUGCUGGUAAGCAACUCGAGGAUGGCCGCACCUUGGCUGAUUACAACAUCCAGAAGGAGUCCACCCUCCACUUGGUGCUUCGCCUUCGUGGUGGGAUGCAGAUUUUUGUGAAGACCCUGACUGGAAAGACCAUCACCCUGGAAGUCGAGAGCUCGGACACGAUUGAUAAUGUUAAGGCUAAGAUCCAGGAUAAGGAGGGAAUCCCCCCAGACCAGCAGAGGCUGAUCUUUGCUGGGAAGCAACUUGAAGAUGGGAGGACCCUUGCAGACUACAACAUCCAGAAGGAAUCAACUUUGCACCUUGUCCUUCGCCUCCGUGGUGGCUUUUAAGUAUGCAAUUAUGAAGUGGAAUCCAAUAUCAGUCCAGUUAUGUUUCUCGCGUCUUUAGUGGUUUAUGUUGAUGGUUUCUAUGCUUAUGUGAGCUUACUGCUAUGCAGUGGCAGCUUAUAAGUUUAAUAAAUUUCUUAAAGAACUUUCAUAGUU